AUGGAUUCAGAACGCCCCAAACGACACCUCUUAUCAUUGCCGGCGGAGAUCCGGAUCCUGAUUUACAAGGCGGUGUUCGAGACCGAGGCGUGCGAAAUCCGACGCAGACCGAUUCCCGUCUGGUGUCCCGUCGACAAUUGCUGGCGCAUGGUUCGACGCGAGUUCAUGGCUGACCAGACGAAUCGAAAUAGCUGGGAUGGCUUCUGUAGUAGUCAUCCCGGAUGCCAGUCCACUCAAGGGCAAGCUGUCAGUCGCGACAUGUACGUCGGGCACGGCCCACUUAUUGCCUCCGGGCACUAUCCUUGCCCCCAGUCGCUGGAAAGGAUCCCGUCGCUUAGUCUCGGCUUCCUCCGUACCUGCCGCCAGGUAUAUAACGAGGCACGAGAAUUGCCCUACCAACGAACCUCCUUUUUCACCCAGGAACUCGCGAGUUUCGCGAAUUUCACCUACUGCCUGAAAGCCUGGCAAGUCUCCUCUAUAGCCCAUCUUCACAUCCGGGUCCCACUGGUCCAGAGCGUGGAGACACACCUCCCCGAAUGGAACGAGACCUUCUCCCUGAUCAGCCAGGCCUUCCGCGGCUUAUCCACCGUCUCGGUCGAGAUCUACUUCCGCUAUGCGGAACAGACCUGGCGAGAUACGUUUUGGGAUGGCGGGCUCCUCGAAUUGGACCGCCUAAAUUUAAAGGGCAUGCGACUGGCCAUUUACCAGGGUGAAACGGAUCCCCAGUCGUUCUUUGACUACUCGGCUGGAACCUUGGCAUCUAAGCCAGUGACUCAGACAGUGUCACUACCCAACCCCAUCAGCUUCCAUCAUGCCCGGGAUACUCUUCGACAACGGGACCGGUCGCGCAUUGAUCCCAACGAUACGGGGCGGCUCUUUUUCCGUCUGUCACCCAACGACUUCCCUCUUUAUGUGUGCAACCUCAUCCACUUGCUGCCACAGCGGAACCGCACUGAUGCAGAGAUCCGACGCGAGGAUCGACACCAGCGGGAAUACACCUAUCACUACGCCUACCCCGAGGAUGACUCGGACCACUCGAGUCCAAUCUUUGGAUUCCAAUUCAGUGACACCCUCAAGGCCAAUAAACAGGAGAUUGCACGAGGUCUCGAGAAGCUGCAGCGAUCCCGCAAGCGACUGCAGCAACGGAGAGCCGACUCCUCCCUGCCUUUUCGGCCUAGCCAGCGUGGUGUCUAUCCCCAGAGUCGAAGACAUAGCCUGGAGUAUCAACCUGACGAGAUUGACAGUUGGGAGGAUACGGAACGUCCCGGAGACUGGAGACGUCGCUUGGUCCAGGAGGUGUUUGCACCGUUUAUGGAGUCCUUUCCAUUAUCUGCAUCUACCAAGUAUCCGGGACCCACGAGCACUUGCUUGCAUUGCCCCAAGGAGGGUAACUUGACACCGCAACCUUCCGGCAUGAAUCUCGACAAAUAG